UUUUACUGACACUUCAAAGUCAAGUUAGAGCAAGUCCAGUCAAAUGCAAAAGUCUCAGGCCUUGUUAUUUACCAGCCACACAGUAUAUACAGAUUAUGCUCAUUCUACAUUCGCAACAGUGAAGGCGUCAUGGAAGCUGCGUUGGGAUUAUCUGUGACGGGCCGUCGUUCUCUCUCCUUAUUGCUGUAACCACAUACUGUAAACUGUGACCACACACCAUCAUUCCUGUGACCCGGGGAGAUAAAGGACCGCAUUUGACUGCAAACUUGUCUUUUUAGUGGCGUCUAUUGCAGCAGCGACAUCUACAGCCAGGAUGUCGUAUAUGCGAGCAGAGAGCAGUUCGUCCCAGCCACAGGGUACAAGCACCGUAAUCCAGUUAUGCAGUGUCAACAUCCAGAAGAUCAACCAAAACUCUGGUCAGAUCAAAAAACUACUUUCCCAACUGGAGACUAGAAAGGAAACCUCAGAGCUCCAGGGGAGGCUCCAACAGCUCCAACACUACACCAACCAGCUUGCCAAAGAAACCAACAGACAUUUGAAGGAGCUCGGCUCACUGCCCCCAACACUAUCUCCAUCAGAGCAGAGGCAGCAGAAGCUGCAGAAGGAUCGUUUGAUGAAUGAUUUUGCUGCAGCUCUCAACAACUUUCAAGUAGUGCAGCGCAAAACAGCGGAGAAAGAAAGGGAGUCGGUGGCUCGAGCUCGAGCUGGAUCCAGAGUCAUGGGAGAUGGAGGAAAUGUAAACGAACAGCUGGUGACAUUUGAAAAGGAGGACGAAUGGGGACAGAGCUUUACUCAGACUGUUGAACACCCCAUCACACAGGAAGAUCUGGAGAUCAUCAGGGAGAGAGAGACCAACAUCAAACAGCUGGAGGCUGACAUCAUGGAUGUGAACCAGAUCUUUAAGGACCUGGCAACAAUGAUACAUGACCAAGGAGAUAUGAUCGACAGCAUUGAGGCCAAUGUGGAGAAUGCUGAUGUUUAUGUGGACAGAGGGGCCAUUCAGUUACAGAAGGCAGCUUAUUAUCGGAGGAAAAGUCGGAAGAGGAUGUGCAUGCUGUCCAUGGUGAUGACACUCGUGCUCAUCAUCCUCUUCAUCAUCAUCUGGCAGGCCAUCAAAUAAGACAGUGGCACAGGACUCCUUCAGAUGACUUCCAGUGUGUGUGACUGUGUGUCUGGGUGUUCACUUGUACGGGAAGUAAAAACGUGUGUGAUGCUUGGAUGAUAUCAGCUAAAACUGCCAAUGUUUGGUGUAAUAUUCAAACUCUUUUAUAGCUUGUUAUAUCUGUUAGCCCCUGUUUUUGAGAUUCAAAUAUAUCCUGACAUGAAACUGCUGAAAUCCUGUUAUUAGACAUUCGUUGGAGUGAAACAAUACAGAAACCGAUUGCACACAUGGUGUAUUAUGCAUAAAAGUCACUAUAAAGCUGUAGCCUAAUUUAUAGUUUAGAUUUAACCUUAACUGUUAAUCAAUUUUCCUAAUUUAUAUGGUGGGGUGUGUUUUUAUCAUGAACCAUGUUGCACCUUUUUACUACACAGCAAAAACCUGUAUUGCGUGAAUGCGAUGUCAUUUUCUAAUGUAAGGAGAGUUCGUUGAACAGUUAUUCAGUGAAGAAUUAAAAGCUGUCGACUUGGUAUAGUU